GGACACCGCCUGUCAAAAUUUCCGGCGCCAUGUUGUUUUGAUUGUAUUUUUUUAAUAUAGACAGAUUUCUUUUCGUUACAAUUAUGGAGACAGGUAGUGUAUCAUCCAUUCCUUCAUCUAGUAUUUCUAACUCGAGUGCUAGAAGUACCCCUAUACCUAGUGCAUACAAACCUAUCACCCAGAGUGCAUCUAUCCUUGCACUCGCCAAGACUCCAGAUGAAGACUUGAUAAGGCGUAACCCAGAUGAUCUCCUUCAUAUUAUUCGGAGACUUGAAGUAGAAAACCGAAACGUCAUAGCAGAACAUUCAAAUGUUGUUAAAGAUGUGAACAAAAAAAUGCAAAUUUUACUGUUAGAAGUCAGAGGGCUGAAAGAUAUCAAUCAGAAUCUACAAGAUGAUAAUCAAGAGUUGCGUGACUUAUGUUGUUUCCUUGACGAUGAUCGGCAACGUGGCAGGAAGCUUGCACGAGAGUGGCAGAGGUUUGGUCGUUAUACAGCGAGUGUGAUGAGAAGUGAAGUAUCAGCAUACCAGGAAAAGUUGAAAGAGCUUGAAACAAAACAGCAGGAGCUGAUAUCUGAUAACCUUGAUUUGAAAGAGCUGUGUCUUUACUUGGAUCAAGAACGUUUGAGGGCGAGUCAGCCUCGUGAUGAGGGUGAUGGAAGCAGUAGUAGCACGGUAGCAGGAACUGAGGAUCAGAAUGACAUUGAACUUGUACCAGUCAGUCAACUCCAGAACAAUAGCACCAAUGCAGACACUGAAUCUGCAACAAAUGAUUAUAUACGCCAGCUUGAAGACAAAGUUCGGCACCUUGAGAAGGAAAAGAAGAAAGUUUCAAAGCUAACUGGCAGAAAUGCUGACAAUCAAGGAAAAGAAACGCCACAUAUUCAGGUUACUGGUACCGAGCGUGUUGGUCCUGAUGGUACACAAGCUGUGGACAAUAGUGGAGGCCAAGGAACCAAUCCUCACAAACCAGAAGCUGUUGUACAUGCCAUGAAGGUGUUAGAAGUACAUGAAAACUUGGAGAGACCCCAGACUGCGGUGGGUGAGGAGAACACACUGGACGAUAAAGAGAAGGCCAUUGUCAGAGAAAUGUGUAAUGUUGUAUGGAGGAAGUUGGGCAAUGUGAAAGCAGAGCAGCAACAGGAGGCACAGAAUGCUAUGCAGCCUCCAGUCUAUGAAAACCUGCAGCCAGUACGGAGUAAGAGCACCCCACCAGAGACAUCAGAGAAAAGUCCAUCUGGGCAACCUAUAGGAGACAGAUACUCUACAGGACCGGAACAAGGUUUGAGGUCAAGCACAGAACUACUGGGGCCAGGGCCUGGUCAGCCAGCGGCUUACAUACAGAGGACUGAUAAUAGUAGAGGUCAUACAGUUUUUCAGGUUACACCUACAUACUCCGGGCAUGAUGCACGGAGACCUGAUGAAUAUUCUGGGCCCUAUCAAGGGAUGAUUCCCCAAACUACUCAGUCUCAGAGACCUCCCCCUGGGUCCAGCUCCCAACCUCAAGGUCAACCACAACCAAACACACAUUAUUCAAGUCAACAGGGUCGUUAUGGUUAUGUACACACAUCAAGGUCAACCCCAGUAACCCCAACACCACAACAACAAAGUCAGCCUCCAAAUGUCACUCAGAAAAUGGAACCCAGGAGUCACUCUCCUGGUCCUGUCAGGAGGGCAGUGACACCAAAGGCAGCAGACAUGCAACGUAGCCAGUCUCCAGGUCCUAAACCCAGAAAUCAGUAUCCUAGAUCUGACUCCCAGUCAUCAGUCAGUCAUAAUGUGCCAGUUUAUCAGAAUCACCCUGCUCCUAGUAAUAUGGGAGACAACUCGUAUGAGAAUGUCCCUCCAGGUUACUAUUAUAACAGUCAAACAUCACAAAAAUAUGGUUCAAGUCAUAAUCGUUCACAAGAUAUGGUCAGUUCAAGUUAUGAUUACCCAGUUCCUCCCCCUCAUGCUUAUUCCCAAUCUUCCUACCCAGAUUACAGUGCACAAAGUUCAAACAAAACUUCACGACCGUCUAAUGCCUACAGUACCCCAUCAUCCUCACAGAAUCAGCGCCCACUGCCAUCCAGCUCUCAGUCUCCUCCAUUUUAUCAGAACAUGCCAGUGAGGAACCCAACACCAGCAAAAACUAAUGUUAGGGAUCAUUCUCCACAUGGAUCACGCUACCCAAGCCAAAAUACCCCGCCCACACCUCUACCUCAAGGCCAGUACUCAUCACACAGAAACACCCCUUCUAACCAGUCAUACAGUCAUACAUCUUACCCUGCUUCCUCCCAGACCCACCCAACCUAUUCUUCAUCCACCUCCUCUGGUUACAGCUCUCAGCCGCCUGCAUACAAUGCUCCACCUCAGUACCAAGACAAGCGUUCAAGCUAUAUUGAAGCAAGGGACAGUAACCAACGGCAAUAUGAUGACAGGAGAAAUGUAGAUCAUUAUUAUAACAAAUAGAUUAUAGACUGUACCUAUUGUACAUUUUGCCAUUAUUACUUUAAUGUGUGUUCAUAAUAGCCUUGUUAUUGAUAUACCAGUCCUUAAUACAACUGAUUUGGAAUCAAUUACUUGGCAUUUCAGUAAUAAAAACAUAUAUACUGACAAUUUUAACACAUUGUCACAUUGAAAUCAGACACAUGACUUAACUGAACAUUGAAAGUUUAUAUUACAAUUUGUAGUAUGGUAAAAUUUACACAUUGUGAGAAUUAUAAAGGCCAUAAUGGGUCAGGCAGUACUGAUAAAUCUCGUAUUUCCAAAUGUAAUAGAUAGAUAUAUGUACAUAUUUGAAUGAUUUAUAGGCAGUAAACUUUAAAACCAUGAAAUGGCCUGAAUUUCAGUAACCAUGGACAUGUUACAUGUAAUGAUAUUGGUAAGGAACUGAUUAAAAUUACUUUGGAUGCACUAUAAUUACAGUGAAACACCCCUUCCUUGAGCAUCAAAGCCUCUACUCUUGGGCUGACUGUUCAUGUUGUCCCUGGUAGUUUUCCUUUAAUAUAGAUUUUUAUGUUUUGAUUGCUAGAAACGCUGGACAAUUUGUUCAUCUCCAUGCGAUUUUAAGCGAUUUGUAUGUUACAUGAAAUAGAAUCUCUCAAAACAAAUAUGCCAAUCUAAUAGGUAAUCUAUGUAUGGGACAGACCAUUUUCAUAGGUCAAUGUUUACAUAAUAAAUGGGCAACAUGAGUACUCUUGAAAGUUGUGUCUAUAAAAACAGCUGUUGUGAUUUCUUUUACACCUAGUCUGAGUGUUCAUCACAGUGGGGUUGUAAUUAAAAGAAAAUUGUUUUACCAAAUAGUUAGAUGUACCACCGAAUUGUUCACUGUGAGAUAAAUAUGUUAACUUUAUUUGCUUCAAUGGUUGGAAAAGCUUGUUACACAUCUGUUCAUGUUUUCAUUUAUUGCUGUCUUUAGAACAGUUCAUAUAUUGUUAUUUAGAUAUUUACAAAGUUUCAUAUUUUGAUAGAGAUUUUUCAUUUUAGACUGUUCAUUUUGAUCUCAGUCAUCAUAUAAAUGCAACGAACAUUUUUAUGCUCUUCGUGAGUUAUAUUUAAUGGCCUGAAAAUAUGUUCCAUAUCAGCUUAAAAAUAUAUGUCCUUCCUCGGACAUUUUCACACUCUCACAUUUGGUUCAGAUUACAUUUUAUUCAUAAAACAGUAAAUGCCUGUUACGUUGUGAAAAUUUGGUCAAUAUUUAUAAAUAGCUAAAGCUGUUUGUUACAGAACCAACCAACUUAAAAUAAAUUUUUGAUAUUGUAAAAACCUAAGAUUUGUAGGUACAUAAAUACAAACAAAUGUAGUGUUUUCGUUUUGAGCAUUCCUGUUCUUAAACCAAGCAUUAACAGCAUAAAUAGUUUCAUAAUGGAGCAAUGAAUUGACUGAAAGACCUGAUACAAGAAGUCCUUAUUUUGGAAAAAUAAAUACAGAAGAUUCUUUUUAUUCCUUCUGAAGAUGAGAUAUUAGAGAUGUUGUGAUUUCAUACUUGUAUGAGCAUGUGUGCUUGUAAAAUUUCCUUCUUUAUAAUAAACUAUUUCAUAAGGAUGAAAUGUGUCCAAAAAAAGAACUACAUGUACACAUAAAAAUAAAAUCACAACAUUUUCUAUUGCUUUUAGCAGACAUUAGCCUAUAUGUGUGCCAUGUUUUGUACAUAUUAUGGACUUAAAUAUUUUACAUAAAAUGAGAGUUUAUUCUAAAAGAAAUACUGCAUUUGUUGGCAGUUUUUCUUUAGAUGUCUACCUGUGUAUAUAUAAUAAUUUAAGUGCUAAUGUUAACAUUCCUUUGCCAAAAGUUUUUUUUUUAUAAAGUGGUAUUUUAAGUAAGUUUUAUACUGUCCUAUACAUUUCAGAUAUUGAAGUUUACACAAUAUGCAUUUCGAACAAAAGUUCAUGAGCAAUUUGCAUUGGUACAGCUAUUAAAGACAUGUAUGUAAAGGAAAAGUUGUUAAUAGUUUAUUGCAUUUCAGACUUCCGUAUUUAUGAUACAUGCAUUUUAAAUAUACGUAUAUUCAUUUGAAACAGAAGUGUUAUAUGUAGUAUGCAUUUCAGCAAACUUUUGCUAAAUAUACUGUUUUCUCAUGUUUAAAUGUUCACUGUUGACUUUUACACAAGUAACCUCUAUGUUGUUGAUAACUCAGUUUACCUGUACAUUUAUUAACAAUAGUGUAAAGAUACAUGUUACUUUAAACUUUAGCCUGCUAAAUUUCUAAAAUGAACUAGUCCAUCAUUCAAUUUGGGCAAUAAUUAUUAUCCAAAGGGGUGUUCACUGAAAAUUUACUAACUGAAUAGCGAACAGUGCAUGCACUGGUUGCAAAGACAAUCACAUGUCGCAAGCAGGCUAAAGGUUAAAUAUUUUGAAAGCAAUAGAAUGUUGUUGGUACUUGCAAUUAAAUUGUUAUUGGGUUAUGGAAUUGUUAACAUUUUUAAGUAUCUUAUUAGUUUGUGUUAAAACUAUGUUGUUUUUUAACAGUUAACUACACAUUGAUGACUGAAGUUUGUGUUUGCAGCAGAACGGAAAUACAUUUUUACGAGUUUUAUUUCCAUUGCUGGUCUAAUUUGUGAUGUAUGACUGGUCUCUGUUCAGCACAUGUUUAACCCUUACCAUGCUAAAUUUCUAUAAUGAACUUGUCCAUCUUUCACUUUGGACAGUACUAUUAACUGUUAAAAGGGGUGCUUACCAAAAAGAUUCAGACUGAAUAGCAAACAGUGCAGACCAUGAUCAGACUGCAUGAUCUUGGUCUGCACUGGUCACAAAGGCAGAAUCACUUGCUGCCAGCAGGCUGAUCUUGGUCUGCACUGGUCACAAAGGCAGAAUCACUUGCUGCCAGCAGGCUGAUCUUGGUCUGCACUGGUCACAAAGGCAGAAUCACUUGCUGCCAGCAGGCUGAUCUUGGUCUGCACUGGUCACAAAGGCAGAAUCACUUGCUGCCCGCAGGCUAAGGGUUAAAGGGCUAAUAAGUCAAAAAAGUUUGAAAAAAAUCUGAAACUUAAUUUAUAUUGUCAUGUAACAGAACACUUAAAGAAUGGCUUGCAGGGCAAUAGUCAAAACUAUAGGCUCUCGGGCCUUCAGACAGUCAAUAGUUUUGACUAUUAACUGGCAAGCAUCAAUAGGUGUAUAUGAUAUGGUGAUUUGUUAUUUCACGUUUAAGUAAAUGAAAAUGCAAAACCUUUGAUAAACAUUUCAUUUCAGUUAUAGAUAUAUAUACAUAUAUUUAUAACUGUAAGUGUCUUAAACUUGUAAAUUCAAGAUUUUUGGUUCAGUUUAGAUCGUAAUUACUUGUUUACUAUGGUGCAUAACCUGGGUUAACAACACUUCUAAAGAGGAAACAGCAACAAUUAUUGUUGAUAGUUUCUUUCCAAUUUGAUAAAAUUCUUAGUAAAUUAAACUCCGUGUAGUAACAACGUUUGUACAACAAACAUAUUUUACCAGCAUGAGUUUGUAAGAUAGUCAUAAAGGCGCUUUAUUAAGCAAAGGGACACAACUCAGUAAGUCAUGUCACUGUUAACCAGACAGUAUUUGCAUCAGCUUCCAUAUAUAAUUUACAUGGAGCCCAGUUUCAUAUAUGAGCCGCACCAUGAGAAAACCAACAUAGUGGGUUUGCGACCAGCAUGGAUCCAGACCAGCCUGCGCAUAUGCACAGUCUGGUCAAGAUCCAUGCUGUUCGCUAACAGUUUCUCCAAUUCCAAUAGGCUUGAAAAGGGAACAGCAUGGAGCCCGACCAGACUGCGCGGAUGCGCAGGCUGGUCUGGAUCCAUGCUGGUCGCAAAGCCACUAUGUUUGUUUUCUCAUGGCAUGGCUCAUAUAUACAUUUCAAGUUUUAUCCUAGUAAUGUUUAUAUCAGAAAAAAACUACACUUUCUUAUUCCUUGAUCUUGUCUGGAACAGUUGCUUAAGCACUGUGUACCUGUUGUCAGAACUUAACAUCAACUAUUUUGAGUAUUCUCACUUGAAGCUAUUCCUCAGAAAUGCAUAUUUUUUGUGAUGCCAUUCUUGUCUUAUUACUACGACUUUUGAACAUUUCAAAGUUCUGGACAUUCAAAAUCUGUGAGUCACAAAGUUUUGUGAGAGUGGUCUAGAAUGCAGACACCCAGAUGAAAAAGGGGAGGACAGUCUAUAUUGUUAAAAGUACUUGAGAACAUUUUCUUAAGUGUAUUAAACUGUUGUGAUGCUUUCAAUAUGCAAUUUUUGUUGUUUGUAACAAAGUUUUUCUCCAGUAUACCAUUUGCAUUUAACUUGAUAAGAUAUUGUUUUACCAGUACAUUUCUGAAGAAAUAUCUGUAUUAUACUUGUUUUAUAUUUGUUUUCUUCUUGAAAAGUUAGUGAAAAUGCCUGACCUGAGAUAUUUACAUUUGAAGUAUAAUGACAUAUUCAUUUAAAAGGAAAGCUGCUUUCAUACAGAAUUUGUUACAUUGCACAGUCAUAUGUAAAGUAAUAACAGAUUUCAUGUUAUGUUAGGGUAUGCUGUUUAAUACAGUGUAGUUGACUUUGUCUACUCCUCUUUGAAUAUAGCUCAUUCAGGUUAUAUGUAGGCACAAGAUGGAAUUUUACAGCCAACCAUUGUAUUACAUGACAUAAAUGGGAUAAUGUAAUCUCAGUUAUGCCCAAUUUUAGGGCCAGUAAUUCUAUACAAAAGACAAGAUAUCUUUUGCUUUGGACCAAUUACAAAUUUAUUUAAUUUUGUUAAGACUAUUGUCUUUCAAAGGUUGCUUGGUAUAUACAUGUAUGAUAUAUAGACGUCCAUUUUAUUAGCUCAUCUGAUUUUUUGAAAAAAAAUGAUGAGUUAUUGUCAUCACUUGAGCGGUUGUCGGCGUCGGCGUCAGCGUUGCCUGGUUAAGUUUUAUGUUUAGGUCAGCUUUUCUCCUAAACUAUCAAAGCUAUUGCUUUGAAACUUGGAAGACUUGUUCACCAUCAUAAGCUGACCCUGUAUAGCAAGAAACAUAACUCCAUCUUGCUUUUUGCAAGAUUUAUGGCCCCUUUUGUACUUAGAAAAUAUCAGAUUUCUUGGUUAAGUUUUAUGUUUAGGUCAACUUUUCUCCUAAACUAUCAAAGCUAUUGCUUUGAAACUUGGAAUACUUGUUCACCAUCAUAAGCAGACCCUGUACAUCAAGAAACAUAACUCCAUCUUGCUUUUUGCAAGAAUUAUUGCCCCUUUUGGACUUAGAAAAUCAGUUUUCUUGGUUAAGUUUUAUGUUUAGGUCAGCUUUUCUCCUAAACUAUCAAAGCUAUUGCUUUGAAACUUGGAAGACUUGUUCACCAUCAUAAGCUGACCCUGUAUAGCAAGAAACAUAACUCCAUCUUGCUUUUUGCAAGAUUUAUGGCCCCUUUUGUACUUAGAAAAUAUCAGAUUUCUUGGUUAAGUUUUAUGUUUAGGUCAACUUUUCUCCUACACUAUCAAAGCUAUUGCUUUGAAACUUGGAAUACUUGUUCACCAUCAUAAGCAGACCCUGUACAUCAAGAAACAUAACUCCAUCUUGCUUUUUGCAAGAAUUAUUGCCCCUUUUGGACUUAGAAAAUCAGUUUUCUUGGUUAAGUUUUAUGUUUAGGUCAGCUUUUAUCCUAAACUAUCAAAGCUAUUGCUUUGAAACUUGCAAGACUUGUUCACCAUCAUAAGCUGACCCUGUACAGCAAGAAACAUAACUCCAUCUUGCUUUUUGCAAGAUUUAUGGCCCCUUUUGUACUUAGAAAAUAUCAGAUUUCUUGGUUAAGUUUUAUGUUUAGGUCAACUUUUUCUCUUAAACUAUCAAAGCUAUUGCUUUGAAACUUGCAACACUUGUUCACCAUCAUAAGCUGACCCUGUACAGCAAGCAACAUAACUCCAUCUUGCUUUUUGCAAUAAUUAUUGCCCCUUUUGGACUUAGAAAAUCAUUUUCUUGGUUGAGUAUUAUGUUUAAGGCAACUUUUCUCAUAAACUAUCAAAGCUAUUGCUUUAAAACUUGCAACAGUUUUUCACAAUCAUAAGUGGACACUGUAGAUCAAGAAACAUAACUCUAUCCUGCUUUUUGCAAGAAUGAUGGCCCUUUUUAGACUUAGAAAAUCAUGGGUAGGACAAUAUUUCUAUUAUACAAAAAAAAAAUCAGAUGAGCGUCAGCACCCGCAAGGCGGUGCUCUUGUUUUCUGAACAAUAGAUCUUUAAUUUUAAAUAGACAGAGAGCUUAUGCAGAAACUUUGUUGCACAUCUUGUUACUGCCCUGCAGUGUGGAUUUAGUGCUUAAUUAAUAGGUAUUACUGUAUGGCGUCCUCAUAAAGGUCAUAAAUGUCAAGAGAUUGUGUGAAGAUCACACUCAACAACUUUAAAAACACUUCAUUUAGACAUUUGAAAAACAGUCCAAGCAAGAAUUUACUUAUGUAUAUAGUAAUUAAAAUAUGCAUGAUAAUUACGAGAAAUGUUAAGAUGGUAAUAUUUCUGUUCUACUGGAAGUGUGACAACGCCUCAUGAAGCUGUAUUCAGACAGAUUUUAAUCUGAUAUACAGAUGUACAGUUUUUAUGCCCCCGGCAUCUACUGAUACGGGAGGCAUAUAGUGAUUGUCCUGUCCGUCCGUUCGUCCGUCCGUCCGUAUGAGGUUAACCAAAUGGGACCGUUUCAUCUAGCAUCAAUACCCCUUACUAGAAUGACUUGAUACUAAUGCAGAUGUAGCCUGUGACUAUUCCUCAUCUUCAGACAUCACCUGACCUCAGUUUGACCUUGACCUCAUUUUGGACUUGGGUUGCUUUAUAUGGGCCAUCUCUUGGUUAACCAAAUGGGACUGUUUCGUCUAGCAUCAAUACCGCUUACAAGAAUGAAUUGAUACUAAUACAGAUGUAACCUGUAAUCAUUCCUCAUCUUCAGACAUCACCUGACCUCAGUUUGACCUUGACCUUGACCUCGACCUCAUUUUGGACUAAGGUUGUUUUAUAUGGGCCAUCUCUUGGUUAACCAAAUGGGACCGUUUCGUCUAGCAUCAAUACUGCUUACAAGAAUAAAUUGAUACUACCGGUAAUACAGAUGUAACCUGUGACCAUUCCUCAUCUUCAAACAUCACCUAACCUCAGUUUGACCUUGACCUCGUUUUGGACUUAAGUUGAUUUGUAUCGACAAGGAUGCCACCGGGGGCAUCAAGCGUUUAUUGAACGCAGCUCCUUGUUCUUCAUUGCAUUUAUUGUUUUCAGUUCUUUGGUUUAUCUGUUGGCAAACAUUUAGGAAAAGUUGAGGGCACUGUUAUUCGAAAGUUCUUGUCCCUAAAAUGCAUGCUGGGAAAUUUGUGCAACAUAAAGUUACAAAAGGAGCUGCAUGUGCACAGUUAAAAAUGGUCAUGAUCCAAGUUACAUUUAAUCAGAUUUGAUAUUAGCAUACAAGUUGCAACAAUGAAAUAUUUAUCCUAAAUGGAUGUGUUUUUAAAGUUCUUUAAUCAUUAUUUCUUACUUUAAAAAAAAAGAAAACAAUUAUAUGUUAUAUACUUUUGUUAAAAUGGUAAUGGAGGACAAAAAUGUUGCAUUUGGGAACGGGAAAGAUGAUGUUUUUAAACAGAAUUGCUUGUGUGUUAAUGUCAUGCUAUGUUGAAAUGGUGACAUAAUGAGUCUUAUCAGAAAACAGAAAAGCUUAUGUUUAUUUUCUUUGUUUUGGUAAAAUGAUUACAGGAUUUUAUAUUAAGUUAUCAUUUCUGAGAAAAGAAAUACUUUUAUACAGAUGCUUAAGGUUUUUUUUCUUUCAUAAAAAUCGCUUGUACUUAGCUAUCACAUAAGGUUUUAAGAACCAGAUUGCUUCAAAAGUUGACAAAUACAAAGGAACACUUUCAUUUUGUAACAUUGAGACGUUUCUGGGUCAGAAGUCUGGCUUCAAGUUUGGAAAGUUUAGGGACCAGUCAAGGAAUGCAACUUUGCCAUUUGUCAAGUUUGAGUUACUGCACAUGUGAGUAGCAUUUUAUCAGGGAAAUUGAGUGUGAAAGUCAGUCUGUAACUUUGCCAUUGGUCAAGUUUGAGUUAGUGCACAGUAGCAUUUUAUCAGGGAAAUUGAGUGUGAAAGCCAGUCUGUAACUUUGCGAUUGGUCAAGUUUGAGAUUGUGCUCAGUAGCACUUUAUCAGGGAAAUUGAGUUUGAAAACCAUUGUAACAGUUAUGAAUGCAGCUUUGCCAUUGGUCAUUUUCGAGAUUGUGCAAAAACAGUCAAUCAAUUACUGGUUUCCAGACUCAGUCAUUUACUGUUCAACAUUGGCCAUCUUAAAGGAAAAUGUAUCAGUCUAUGAAGUAAAGUUAUUGUUAAUGAUGUUGUCUAUUGCCAAGGUUAGUGACUUGUCACCACAUUGUCAGCUUUAUUUUCACAUAAUGUUAUUGUGUAAGUAACAUACACACAUUUGGUAAAGGUUCAUUAUGUAUAUUUGAAUGGAUAUUGCCAAAAAUCUUUAGUAGUAAUGCAACAAUUUUGAAAACUUUUAUACCAGUGAUAUUUUAUGAAUAUUGCCAAAAAUUUCAAAUAUCAAUGAAAUGCUAAUUUACAGAAACAUCUGUAGUUUAAAAAAUACAGAUGGUGGUGCUUUAAAUGUAAUCCAGUGGAUUAUUUUAUUCUUAAUAUUUGCUUUGUAUAUUGAUGAAUAAAUGUACAAAAAAAUGCUGUUAAAAAUAGACAGUGUACAUUUGGUUUAAACAAUAUUUUAUUAAUCACAAUUCAUUUACAACAUGUACAUAUAUCAAAAAAGCAUACAGGAUUGAGUAAGAAGCUGUAAGCUUAUUUGAAACUCUCUCCAGUGUACAUUUAGCUUUUAAAAGUUUGUGAAGUUGGGGUCAGGUGAGACUCUUCUCAGAUAAGUUAUUCACCAUUGUAUUAUUGUUUAUUUCUCUUAACAGAUAAAACUUGAAGAUCUGGUGACUUUGCAAUGAUAUUCAAAUAUAGAAAAUGGCAUUGUUUAUUGUUUUUGAUUAACUAUAUUCAGAUAUGUUAAAUAGAUAAAUGUUUUAAACGUA